GCGGGCGCCGAUGAGAGCGAAAGUUGCGCUCUGCUGGGCUCUGGGGGCUUGAAGCGGCUCCGCGCUCCGCCCGCCAGGGCCGCCCCCAGCCCCAACUCGCGCCCGCGGGCUCCUGCCGCGCGCCGGCCCCGCGCCCGCCCGCACCCCAUCCCCCGGCCCGGCGCCCCUCCUCAGGAGCCGCGGGUCCCCGCCACUUUCGCCCGGCCCCGGCCCCUGCCGAUGCCGGCCAUGGUGGAGAAGGGCCCCGAGGUCUCAGGGAAGCGGAGAGGGAGGAACAACGCGGCUAGCGCGGCCGCCUCGGCCGCCUCCGCCUCCGCCUCGGCCGCCGCCGCCUCGGCCGCCGCCGCCGCCGCCGCCGCCUCGGCCGCCGCCGCCGCCUCCGCCUCGGCCGCCGCCUCGGCCGCCGCCGCCCCCAAUAAUGGGCAGAAUAAAAGUUUGGCGGCGGCGGCGCCCAAUGGCAACAGCAGCAGCAACUCCUGGGAGGAAGGCAGCUCGGGCUCGUCCAGCGACGAGGAGCACGGUGGCGGCGGCAUGCGGGUCGGACCCCAAUACCAGGCGGUGGUGCCCGACUUCGACCCCGCCAAACUAGCAAGACGCAGUCAAGAACGAGACAAUCUUGGCAUGCUGGUCUGGUCACCUAAUCAAAAUCUAUCAGAAGCAAAACUGGAUGAAUACAUUGCCAUUGCUAAAGAGAAGCAUGGGUACAACAUGGAACAGGCUCUUGGGAUGCUCUUUUGGCAUAAGCAUAAUAUUGAAAAAUCAUUGGCUGAUUUGCCCAACUUUACCCCCUUCCCAGAUGAGUGGACUGUGGAAGAUAAAGUCUUGUUUGAGCAAGCCUUUAGUUUUCAUGGGAAAACUUUUCAUAGAAUCCAACAGAUGCUUCCUGAUAAAUCUAUAGCAAGUCUGGUGAAAUUUUACUACUCUUGGAAGAAGACCAGGACUAAAACCAGCGUGAUGGAUCGCCAUGCUCGGAAACAGAAACGGGAGCGGGAAGAAAGUGAGGAUGAACUGGAAGAAACAAACGGAAAUAACCCCAUUGACAUUGAGAUUGAUCAAAACAAGGAAAGCAAAAAGGAGGUGACCCCUACUGAGACAGUUCCUCAGAUCAAAAAAGAAAAACAUAGUACACAAGCUAAAAAUAGAGCAAAAAGGAAACCUCCUAAAGGAAUGUUUCUUUCUCAAGAAGACGUGGAGGCUGUUUCUGCCAAUGCCACUGCUGCUACCACGGUGCUGAGACAACUAGACAUGGAAUUGGUUUCAAUCAAACGACAGAUUCAGAAUAUUAAACAGACGAACAGUGCUCUCAAAGAAAAACUUGAUGGUGGAAUAGAACCAUAUCGACUUCCAGAGGUCAUUCAGAAAUGUAAUGCACGUUGGACCACAGAAGAGCAGCUUCUUGCCGUACAAGCCAUCAGGAAAUAUGGCCGAGAUUUUCAGGCAAUCUCAGAUGUGAUUGGGAACAAAUCAGUGGUACAAGUGAAAAACUUUUUUGUAAAUUAUCGACGCCGCUUCAACAUAGAUGAAGUUUUACAAGAAUGGGAAGCAGAACAUGGGAAAGAAGAGACCAAUGGGCCCAGUAACCAGAAACCUGUAAAGUCCCCGGAUAAUUCUAUCAAGAUGCCUGAAGAGGAAGACGAGGCUGCUUCUGUUCUUGACGUCAGAUAUGCAUCUGCUUCAUGAGAAACUGGGGUAGCUUUGAGCACUUGGUAUGGACACCUGUGUUAUCCAGGAUAUCAGGUAUUACAAGACAUCCCCUAGCCAUCUGCAUCACAUCUCUGUGGACAAGCAGCUAUUACCAAAAAAGGCAUACACUUCCAGUCCUGUGCUACAUCUGCCUUAAUUCUUUGCUCAUUCCUCCAUGUUGGCGCCACUUCCCAGAGAGCUCCAUUGCAUCUCUCACACUCUGCCCAAGUGCUGGGGGAACCUCACAGCCUGCACGCCUCCUGUGACUCUGGGGACCGCCUUCCCAGUCGGAGCUCCUGAGCCCCACCAAUGGCAGCUCUUCCCAGUCAGCAGCUUCGGAACAGGUAGUCGACUCAGACGGCACGACUCUGUUCCUGCAUGGCCUGCAAUUUCUACUUUGUGCAUAAUGUAAUUUUCAGAGUAACUGUGACGCUGUUGGCCUUCUAGAAAGUUUCUCUUGUUCCUUUCUGAGGCAUCCACCUUAGUGAUAUCAUGCUUCUUUGGAAAUCACGAUAUAUUGGCAGACUGCAUUAUAACCUUUAUUGUGCCAAACAUCCUGAUACAACUCCCAUUUCCCUAAAUGUAGGGUAUAAUUAUGGUUUAUAAAUUUAGUUGGCUUAAAUCUCUCCCUUCUCCUUUCCCAAGUGGUGGAAAACUCCUUCACUGCAACUGUCCUUGGACACUGUAGCUUAAAGGGAACGUGGACCUCAACACUUUCUGCCUUCAGCUUUCAGCAUUGCAAUCCCAGGAUGGGUGCCACCCUAUCUUUCCUGAUUCCCCACCACCACCACCCAACUCCAAGAGAUUUGGUCCAUACCACUGUAUCUGGUGCUUGUACAUUUGGAAUUGGUGCCUUCUCCUUUUGGCAACCAUGUUAUCAAUCCUUUUUCUGUUUUAGUGUCUUAUUUCUUUAAAGUUUAUUGCUUGCCAAAGAUGACAUCACUGAGAUUAGGAGACAGGGAAGAACUUGCUGCAGAUUCUGACAGAGUGCAGAUUUUAAGUGUCAGCUUAGCUCAAUAAAGGGUAUUAGAAUAGCUGGUGAUGGUUUUAUAAAAGCUACACGUUGUUUGUUCCCCGUUCUCUUGAUAUGCCUGGCCUUUGACGUGGCACUCCACAUACCCUUUCGUGUCCUUCGUGUACUGAUGUGAUCACAUAAAUGCCAUCCUCUCUUUUACUGUUAUAGUACAGGACAGAGAAGUGAUCAGUUUAUUGGUUCUAGUGAGACCAAGAUGAAAAGAAACCAUCUACACAGUGGUAUGUAAUGCCUUUUGGUUGGACUGGGAACAAGUAAAAAUUUCUAAUAAAUGUUCUGAGACUUCCAGAGUCACUUUUAUUCUCUACCAGACCGUGGACCUGCUGAGGGGUUGACGGAUGGACUGUCAGACUGCCUUGUAAUGUAACCUGUCCCCACCCCACGGUCAGUUCAGCCUGCACUAAAUAUGUUGAAGGAGCUUUUUAGUUAUUGUUUUUUACAUCAUUUAAAUAUUGUUCCUGCUUUUCAAUACCAAAAAGAAAAAAAUGCAGAUGCUUUAAGGCAUAAACAGAAUUGUUAAGAAUUUAAAAUAUGCAAUGAAAAUUUGAUGUUCUGACUCCCAAGCACCUUGCCUUUUUUUUUUUUUUUUUUUUGUAAAUCAGCUGAUUAUCUCUUUAGGAAGAGGAGGGUCAGCUAGAAACCUAGAUUAUUUAGAAUUGUACUUCUUUUUUUUAGAAAUCUGGAGAAAGGUCAUUCAAAAGGGGAGUAAAAUGGGACUUUGCCAACUUUCAUCAUCUUGUCCCAACGUGAGGUGUCUGUUGGUCAAGAGCACAUGAAGAACAGCAUCAGAGGAGGUCAGAGGGCAGGCACAGCUCACUGUUCCUACCUGGACGGGGGUAGUAAAAUAACACUAGUAAUGAUGUAGGGUUUGUUUUUGUUUUUAUCAUAAGCCUGCUGUGUAAUUGGAAAAUGGCAGGAAAAACGGGAGGAGGCAGCACAAGUUUUGCACGUCACUUACAGGGGACACUAGGCACGAACCGAAGCUUUAGGUUCUCCUUGCUUCUUCUCAAGACCUCCUUCCUCUUAACAGAAGCAGUAGGCAAUUUGCUGCAGUGGGUUUCUCACUCUGCCAGUAGAUCUGUUCCUGUCUUCACACCCAGGCUAUUUUAUUUUCCUUAAGAAUUGAUCCCUUCUGGCAAUGCUUGAAAGCUUGAUGCUGGUUCUUAUGUAGCAUGGCAGGCACAGCACCAGUGCCAGGCCUCUGUCUGUAUUCUGCACCAUCCCCUUACUUGGUUCCUAGCACCGAGUGGUCUCCAGUCCUGAAGAGUCACUGUGCUGGUAUACUUGUUGGAUUUUGGCUUUCUCUCCAACGGAAAGGGGCAUGUUGUUUUCAUUUGCCAGAAGGAAAAAAGAUAGUUGUCUUUGCCUGACUGCCUUCGUUGUAGUUUCAUGCAUAAGAUAGCACUGUGUUUUAAACUGUUUCAUUACACUGUCUUUGCAAUGAUGUAAAUGCAAGAAAUCACUUAGCUUUAAAAGCUAAGCGAUUUGGUCUUAUUUAUGUGAAGACUCUUUUAAACAUAUCAAGACUUCGGUGCAUCAGCAGGUCGUGUUUGGAUGUGUAGGGGUCCACGAUGACAACUGCUUCGGAUGCAAUGUUCACUCAAGCUUUGUCUUCUUAAAAAUUAUCAAUGUGAAUGUCAUAAUUAUAUAUAUAUAUUUUUGUGGAAAAUUUCUCCUAAGUAUAAGUUAUUGUGCAAAAUAUAGUACCAUUGAAGCAAAGGAUAGUUUAACCUUUAGUUUAGAAAUCCUAAAAGAUAUAAAUUGUAUUGCAUAUGCAUUAAAAGUUUGUUUUAUUUAAUUUUAUGUAGAUGUGUAAAGUGUUAGGUAAAAAUUUUUUUCUCUUAUCCAUUUAAACACCUUGUUACUUGAAUAUUGUGUUGACUGGUCUGAAACAGUGAUCAAUUCUGUAAUGUAGCUCUUUUAACCAGGAAGUACCCAUGCCCCCGUUGUGCUUAGUAGAUUAGUGGUGGCACACAGUCAGGUGCUGGUGUCAGCAGGAGCCAGAGGUUAGUGUAACACACCCGCUGCAUAGUCUUGGUAUAUUUGUGCCUACCAAGACACCAGUUCCUCAAAAAUGGUUUUUAAUAGUUUUUAACCUGUAAGACCCUUUAUGGUCACAAGCCUCUAAUCAAAAAAUGGAAAUGAAAAAAUAGUUGAGUUUUAAAAGGUUACUGUGGUGGGCUGAUUAAGCAGUUGUUUUCUGUGUAUAUAAAGUUUUCUCAGAUAUAACACACCUCCAUAAGUGUGCUCACUGUCACUUUAAAUUUCAACUAUGCCCUAUUUUUGUCUUUCUAAAUAUCAGAUGUACUAUUGGUAUAAUUGCAUACCAAAAAUAAGCCAAACAGUGCAUUACACUAACUGGAUCCCUGCUUAUCUGAGCGAAGGAAAGAUGGAGCCAAUUCAAACGAGAGCCUCGUUUUCUCUCUUAUCCAUCCUGUUUCUAAAUCUAGUGACCCAGGAUUCAAGCUUUUAAUAUCAAGUGAAACUUUGCCUCAAGUUGACUCAGAGUAGUUAGCUAAUCUGAAUCUAGAGUGAUCUUGUGCAAUGCUCAAAAACAAAUACUCUUUCUGCCACUCCCUGGAUCUCUGCAGCUUUUCCUAAUUAUAGUAAAGCACAAUUGCAGUAACAUUACAAUUCAGAAGAAGGAAGGUCAGUCUAGUCUAUGCAUGUUGUAUGAUAAUGAGUGUUUACAGUCACCUUCUCCUAAAACUAAAAUUUAUACUGGAGUGGAUAGUAUUCCAUUAUGUAGACUUAUCAACUUUGCUAAGUGCUUUUUAGAUUGCUUAAAAAUUUUUCAAGAUUUUAAAAGAUGUAUAAGGUUAAGUUUGCAAAUAUAAUGGAAAUGCUGUAUAUCUUUUGAAGUGAUAAAAUCCACGUUGGAAUUUUAAAGAAAAUAUGUUGUAAUAAUGCUGUUGUAAGUAAUACUUUAAUGUCUCUUUUUGCCUGUUUUCUAUUUCAGCACAUUCGUUGUGGUGAAUGUUCAUAGCAUUAUAAUUGCUUAGCCAUUGAAUGAUAACAUUUGUUAGUGGAAAUUGGAAAAUUUAUUUGUGAAAUUCCGCAGAAUUCAUUUUUCUAUUUCCAAUAUUUGCUGAAGUUAAAUAAAAAUUUUCAAGCCAUUGAUGUAAUAAAAUAUGAAACAAAACAGUUUUCUGCCCCAUCCGCCACCCCCUCCCACUCUCCAUCAAAGCAAUACCCCACUCUAAUACAGGGUGGGUUUUUCCCUUGCCCUUUGCAGUGGGCCUUGGGGUUUCUGAAUGUAAAAAUUCCCCUGAACUACACUGUGGAAACACACAGCCAGGGGUGGCUUCUGUGUUUAGCCUGUACCUCUCUCUGAACUACAUUGUUUAUAUAUAUGUAUGAUAAUCUUAGGAUUGGGAUCAAAUGGCUAUGCAUGAGUUUAUAAAGUUUGCGAUAGUUGAGGGUUUAAAUUUAAAAGUUCAGUGAGAGGAAUUUUUUUUUCCCAUAAGUGGUUUUUCUCUUUUCAGCUUGACCAGGCUUUGACACUUGGAAGCUGGCCUCUGCACAGCCUCUGGACUGUGGCAGUGAAGAGGCGAAACCACCACCCGUGUCGCCUCUGGUCAGCCAAGAGUGGACACAGCGCCAGUCUCAGCACCUCUCUGAGGAGCAUGAAGAACACUUUCAGCGUCCACCGGCCAUCUCUGUGGUCUUCCCUUUUUUAGCUGGAAUGUGGGAUUUGGUUAAAUAAGUACUAUAAAAACCUGACUUCCAAAUCCAGCAUUGCCUCAGACAACAUUUAAAAUACGCAGAUGGGGUCCCUCUGUGUGUAUGACUUCGCAUAGUGUAGGAGGAGGUUUACCUGACGCUUCUCAGAGUCCUCACCCGGUAGAGAAAAUGGAAUGAGUGCUCCCGGUCACAGUACUGAGUGUCGUAGGGGAGUAUUCCUGGUGCUGCUGCAGGUCUGCGAGGAAGGGAAGAUCCAGUCUCUUUGGAUGAGACCUGAGGGUAGCACCUAGGAGAGAAGGUCAAAGGCUCAGAGACCUAGGGUGUGCUUUAUGGAGGUGACUGUGGUAUAACACAAGUGCCAAGGCCAGAACCCUGGGCUUUCCUGCCAGGAGGGGAUGGAGGAAGAAAGGAAGCUGAAAGGGGGUGUAGGCAGGGAAGAGAGAUGUGGAGGGACAAGGCUCAGGAGGUGGCUGUCUGUCAGUGCUACUGGACGUCUGCUAGGAUGGGCACCACAAAGGUUUGGGCUUGGCUUUAAUGACUUAGAAUAGCGGGUACUGAGGGGAGGCAAUGGAGGGAGGUGUGGCAGUGCUGAGGGAAAGGUUUUCAGAGACUAGCAUAGACACCACGUUUGUAUAGGCAUAGAUGAGGAACAAGGAGGAGAAAAGUCAUGGGUCCCCGAGUCAAGGAUGCAUGAAAAGCACAGGUCCAAGCACCCUUCCUCCAAACUAGAGGGAAAGGGCACCUGUGUACAGGUGUAGACAAGUCACCUCUUGUGCCACAUCUCACGUAAUCUUGGCCCUUGCUACAGCCCCGCCUUCAGGCAAGUGUAACUGACAGCAUUCUCAUGUGGGAGGGAGAGCUAGCCUGGAAGUAGGAGGGAGUUCAGACUCCAGGGGGCAGCCUCUGGGUUAUGCGGGUCGGGAUUGUGGGGGGUCCUCUGUGUGUGCUGCGCUUGGCCCACUCUGAGGCAGUUCUACGGGGCCCCACCUCCCAGCCCACAGCGAUGACCAACUAGAAAAUGCACCCUGUCUCCCUCUGCUAGUCACUCCUAUUCCCUGGGGUCACUUUCAUAAUCAAACUGUUGACACAAACCCUCAUCAUAGGCUCUGCUUUCUGGUGAAAUCUAGGCCAAGACAACACGUAGAGGUGAGAAGAGUUUAUUCCCCGCCAGGCCUUGGUAACCUCUUGGGGGGAGAGAGCUUGAGAGCACCUACCAACCUGUAUUGCAGGAAAGGAAGUGACAACACCCAUAUUGGGACUUGCAGUUUUUCAUGGUGUCCUCCAUCUUGACCGCAUCCAGUGAGUGCACAUACUAAAGGAGGAGCCAGCGUGCUGCUCGCAGUUCCCGUCCUCCGUAGCCUCCACAUAUCGUGCUCCUGUGUUCCAGGUGCCGUGCUAGGUGCUGCCUCUUGGAAGUAAAAGAUGUAUGAAACAUUCCAAGUGGUCGGACUCCUUUCCUUCUCAGCAGAUUUAAGACCAUGCUUGUUCGUCUCUGCAGCUGCUUCAUGCUUGGGGCGUCACCGGGGCCUGGACAAGCUCAUGGGUGGUCCUGACUUACUCUUGGGUCCUGGGCUGGGUGGAACCAGUCCCCCAGGGCAGCCUGCCUUACAGCUCUUUCAGCUCUCCCUCCCUGGACCGUCUUACCGUCUAACUGGGGCUUCUGUUAGCACCAAUGGCCUGGCCGCUCGCACCUGUGAGUGCCCAUCCCCUGGAGCUCAGCCAAGCUCUGCUCCUGUGGCCAUCAGUACCUCAAAAUGACGUGUCGAAGACUCAGAUCUCUCCCCUCACUCUUUUUUCUGAGUUCUGUUCCUUGGUGUGUGGCACUGCUGUAUACCUGGUCAUCAAACUAGAAACACUGGCGUCACCUACCUCUGAAAUUCCUCUUGAGUCUCUUCCUGCGUUACUACUGCCAGUGACAGUUCAAGCCCUUCUCAGCCACCAGAGUUGAUAGAGUAGCCCCCUAACUUGUCCCCCACAUUCCUCUUUCCUUUUUUCUCACUCUCCCAGCCAUAAUUAGGGCCCUUUCCUGGUUAAAAUGCUCCAUUUAUAUUCUGGAAAAACACACAGCCCUUCAUUCUGUUUUAAGCCAUGUAACAUUCCUGCUUCAGGGACAUUUUCUGUGCUUUUCUCCGCUGCAAUGUUUUCCCCCUUAUGCUUGGCACUGCCCGCCUCGGCUCAGCCACGUGCUGCCAUCUCUCUGAAGUCCUGAUCACCAUCUCUCACCCCUCGCCCUCAGCAGAGAGAAUAGUUCUCAGGGCUUCUAAUACUGGCACCUCUCUGCACUUAACGUCUUUGUACUAUACUGUGAAGAAAGGAUUUUGAAUUUUUAUUCUAUUCUUUUAAAUAGAUAACCAAUGUGCUUAGUAUAAAAGGCAUACAGUGAGAUGUGAGUUCCCUAUCCCCGUCCUCUAACCAUCCAGUUCCCUCCACAGGAGCCAUUGUUACCAGUUCCUCACACAUACUUCGAGAGAGAAUACAUUUGCAAGUGUGUGUGCUCACUGGUAUGUGUGCAAAUGAUCGUUUUUCCAUACAAAUAACAUACUCUAUACACCGUUCUGUACCUUGCUGUUUUCACUUGACACAUCAGUGUCUUAGUCUUUCAGUACCAGUACAUACAUGUCUAAAGUUGCUUCAUCCCUUUGUAUUGGCUUCGUGGUGUUCUGGUUGUGGUACUCUAUCUAAUUUUGGCUACAACGAUUUAUUUAAACCGUCGUCAGUUGAUGCUCACUGAAGUAUCAUUUGUAAUAUCAGCAGACUGGAAAUAACCUAUGUCAUUUUGCCUACACGCAAGUGUAGUUGUAGAAUAAACAUCUAGGAUUGGAA